AUCAUAAAUUGUGAAGUUAUCGAUAUCGUGGUUUGAAGGGACUAUAUUUUAAAUGCAAUGAAACCUUUUAAAUGACCUUCGUCAUAAAGACAUGGUCACACUAGACAACUUAGGAAGGAAAUUGUGCGGGAUUUUACAAUCCCAGUCAUUCAGAGGAGAAGGGAAGGAAUGGAAACUACUUGGACAGGAACAAGAUGAAAGCAUUUUGGUCAGUUGGCUGAUUGAAUCAGAUGAAGAGGAUGGUGUAUCAAAGCUACAGAGCUACAUUGGACUUUAUCAUGAACGAAACCACAUCCUGGAGGUCUUAUGUACAUUUAACAGAUAUGUUAACAUCAUCCAAGCUUCCAUAAAUCAUAGUCACACUUUACUAGGUUUUAUAACAAAAGAGAAAAAAUAUCCAUCUUCAUAUGAAACAGCAGACAAAAGGACAUCAAUGGAUUCAUCAGGUGUAGUUUCUGUAGAGGUUUAUAAAGUUUUUACAUUGGAUGCAAGUUUGCCAGAAGAACAGAGAGAACCAAAGGAUUUUGGAAUUGAAAGAUCCCGGCAGAUUAUGAUUCAAUUCCUGUACAGAAAGAAAGAUUGUAUUUCCAAUGAAAAGUUCCUUUUAUUUAUACAUCAAGAAUCUAUCUCACUAAAUCAAGUUCAUCUGAAAAAGAAUGGAAGCUGUGAGAUGGAGUUAUGUGGUUGCUUGAACACUGAGUCGGUGGUUCGGGAAUUUUCAUGGGCACAGUGGGAUCCUAUAAAUCAGUCACUAUAUUAUAUUCAUUACCGUAAAACUCAACUUAGUGUUGAGGGAGAAGAACCAGAGGAAGGGAGAGAAGAAGAACUGUCUCCAACUUUAUCUUGCCUCCAAUUUCAUGAUGAUAUGCCACAUGAGACUGUGCUCAAUAUCCCAUUAAAUCUGCCACAACUUUCAAAAACUUCAGUGCCAUGUGGUGGAUAUGAGGAUGAUCCUAUCCCACUGCGAGUACACGACUGUUCACUUGAUCUGCAGGUGGUAUGUGAUACUAAGGGUGUUGUUUGCAUCUGCCACCAUUACUUGUAUCAGCCUGUGAAGCCACCAAUGACUGAGGUACGGAAUCUGGAAGAAUCAUCCACCACUGUUCAUUUUGCAUAUUCUGUGACAUUACUUCAUCAUGGCUGUGUGAUUCAUUGUGUUGUACCUGGAAUUUUGUGGUCACAGGCUAGAACAAUGAAGCCAACUUUUGCAUUGUAUGGAGAUCAGCAUAUGGCUGUAUAUGCACCAGGCUUGUUCACACAUCUCCUUGAUAUUGGACUUUCUCAUGAACCAUGUUGCCAUAUAUUGAUGAGCUGCACUUUGCCAGGGAUUCCAUUUUAUACUUCACACCUUGUUCCAUUGCUACAGUAUGGCAACACUGUAACAGUAGACCUGCCAAGUUUGGACCUGAUACCACUUACAGUGACCACUAGACACCUUAUAGAGACUUUUAAAAAUGACCAUUCUUUAGAAAACCAGCUUGCAAUAUUACAUUACUUUCUAGUACACCAGGGAGAUUUGGAAACAAUAUCAGAGUUGCUGAUGUCUGCAGCAGAGCAUCCUUUUGAACUGAGUGUUCCACAGUUGCUGCAGGAAGUGAUUAUUGGCGGAGCUUUUGCCUCAGCACAGAGAAAUCUACCUGCUGAUGCAAUGUCACUUGUUGCCCUGCUGCCUCUAAGUACCAUCACUCAUGUAGCUGAGGUGGAAGUUAAAGUAAAUCGCCAGAGCAUGUCUCUUACCCAAGAAACAUUAUGGAAUACUGCCAUGAUGUUGUUGUCACCACAGCAGAGAUUAGUUCCAUAUCGUGUAGAUAUGUGGACUAGACUUUGGGAUCAGCUCGCCAAGAGGACAGGCAAGGAGCAGAAACCAAGAUUCAGACCUAGUCUAGUUGCUGACAAACUCAUGAUCUCUCUUGUAUGUUACCAGCCAGAAGCAUUAUCCAGGUCCAGCACUCCUCUUUCACCAGGAACAAGUUUGGUAGGCUCAGGUACACUGGCAGAUCUUGCUGCCAUCACAGGUACACGGAAAGGUCCAGGAAUGGAUGUACUGCCAUUCUGUGAGGUCGAAAGCUGUACAGCCAGUAAACAGGAGCAUGUUAUUUCUGUGAACCUGCGUGAGUUGAGCAUGCACCUUUUAAAGAACAGCAAUAAGCAGUCACCAAUGCAUGUGCACGUAGUGGCCACUCGCUAUGUAGCAGCUCAAUUGGAGAUGUCCAAACACUUGUGCCAGUUACUGUGUCAAUGUGCUGCUGUUGAUCCCCACCAAGAACAGGAACGAGGAUUUUCACUCAUCGAUCAGCUGGAUGAAGAAAGACGUUACAUUCUCUUCACUCUGCUGGAACGUUAUUACUUUGCAGUGGACUCAAUGGCAUUUCCUUUACCUCAGGGAUUUACAUCAUUCUUCACAUAUUUGGGUUAUCGAACACUCUCUUUCUGUAUGUUCUUGCAGUACCUCCAGCGGAAUGUAUUUGAACUGCAGGUUGAUGUGAUGAAGAUCAUCAUGGCAGAUACAGAAGAUACGCAAGAGGGUGUCAGAAAGAAACUUCGACUGCUUUUGUUUCUGCCAAGGUCCAGAGCAAAACGUUUACUAAAUCAGUGGUCACAUCCAGUAAGCCUAAUGAUCAGAGCUCGGGAGCAUGCCCUGAAUAUCUUGUCUGGAGUAGAGGGGACUCAGGCAAGAGGACAUCCAACACAAAAAGCUAAAACUACAUAUGUCAGCACUAGAGGCCUUGCAGCCUUCCCUUCUGCUGAUAGACUGUCUCCUCUUGAUACAUUUCUUGAUUUACUUACAGCAAAAGCAAGUUUAGCUGAACUAGACUUUGGAUUGUUGAUUGAAGCUACAGUUACAUCCACAGAUGAAUUCUUGGAGUGAAAUGACAUUAGGGUCAUACUUCAACAACAGUUCUUCUUUUUAACAAAUUAAAAAAAAAAAUAUCCUUAUCUUUAUUUCAUUGAAGAUUAUAUUAAGAUAUAUUUUACUGCACUUUGUUUGAAACAUAAAUGCUGACUGUUCAGCUGUUAUAUUAUUUCUCUGAAAUAUGUUUAUUUCAUGAACUGUUUCAGUAUUAAAGUAGAGUAUUGAUAUGUUGUAUGUUUUAAGCAUAUUUUCUGAAGAUUUAUAUAUUAUUCAGUUCUUUACAAAAUAUAUGUUUUAUAGAUAUUGAUCUAAAACAUAUGACAUAUGAAUUCAGGAAAAGAAGAGAUAAAAUGAAUGGUAAAUUCUUCUGACAUGUACAUGUAUUUUACACCUGAACUCUUAUACAGAAAUGUGUAUAUGUGCCAUGAAACUUAACACCAAUUUACCGUAUAUUAAAAUGCAAAGAUUGUCAGUAGCAUUUUAUUUCACAUAUAUUAUAUAUAGGAUGUAUAGCCAGUUUAUCCAUGAAAUAGUACUUAAUGUUAACAUACAUUGGGGUUUUGCUCAAAGCUUAUGUGAAGGAGUUUAAAUACAAAAAGUUGUGCAAUAUAAUCACCUUUGCCACUACACACAACCAUUAUGACAUAUUCCACGUCCUACAGUCAUUUUGACUAACUUUGGAUCCAUGGAAUGCAAUGCAGUGUAAUGUAAUGUAGUGUAAUGUAAUUAGAUGAUCAAGGUUUUCUGAAGAUUGGGUCUCUUGUACAAUAGGUGCACAAAUGUACUCGUAUCUCACUCAAACUGUUCUCUUUAAUAUGUAUCUGAACUGUGUAGUUUAGUAUGCUAGAUGAAACUUCAUGUAAUGACAUGAUAUGAGUAGAAUGCAAUUAAAUGAAAAUCAGUAGAUGAUACCAUACUGGAUAACUGGGAAUGUACAGUGAUUAAACAAGCAAGUAUAUGGCAAAUUAAUGGAAGGAACAGUGACAGCUCAUGACCAUCUGAACAGAGGCCAGGACUAAGUAAAAUUUACCCCCUCCCCAUGUCAAUAAUUAAGGGAAGAGAAAAAUUUGUUAUUUAAAUUGUCCCAUUCCCCCACCCCCAUGAUCUGUAGCUGAACUUCUUCCUCCUAUUGGUAGAAGCACAAUGCCCCCAUGGGUUAGGGAGGGAUUUGGACCCCUGCUGUGCUCUUAUGUUCUUACAUGCCUUUUGACAGCAUCGACUGUGCAAACGAAUAACAGACCAACACUUUAGUUUGGAUUUCUACAAGUGUAAAAAGCCAACCACAUUCUUUAUGUCUUUCUUUUAGACUCUGAUAAUCAUGAUGACAAAUAUUCAUGUGGCGCUGAAUCACUUAGAAAUUGCCUUUAAAUUAAUUCAACACUUCCUUGUGGACUUCUUUUCAUGUAUGGUAUUCAUUUAGUACCAUCACUAAAAUGACAUUAUUUUCUACUGCAGUUUUAUCUGCCUUUGAAAUUAUUGCUAGCUGUACAAAGUCUAGCAUUUACACAAGACUUUUAAUAAACUUUCAGCUCUUUUCAUAUCACAAAUUUGUCACUCAAAGUAAACACACAAAAAGAAACAUGAGAUAUCUAGAAUGUUAACAUAUGCUUCUCACGUGGUGUACACGAGUACGUGUAGUGGGAGGAAGAAUAACAGAUGUUAAGACAAGUGGUGGAGAGACAAACAGAAUUCUAUUAAGACCUGAUAAGGGCCCACAGUCUGACAGUCAAAAUGAGAAUGGAACACACUUGUGAGGGGAUAGUGUGACAUUUAUCGAGUGGCAUUAGCAAGUGGAAGAAACUUCCAUGGAAGUUAAGGAUAGGCCCCAUGAGGCAACGUCCUACAUGAGCUUCUUGCAACCUAAGGAACUCCUUUGCAAAUUUGAAAGUUUUUUUCUGUCAUACCAAACAUAAACAAAUUAUAAAUCUAUCUACAUUAUAUACCGUACUAAAUGAAGACAAAUUCAAAAUUCAUGUUAAACUACGUUUUAUACAGUGAGGCAUCAGAUGUUGGUGUGCCUCUGCCACUUGAGCCCUUGGGAAUUGAUCACCCUUGGAAAGGACACAGAUGAACAAGCAGUGUAUGAAUUCCCAUUCCUUCACACAUUUCAAGUCAGUCAGACAUUUAUGUCAGUUAGAUCAAGACCAGUUUUGUGUGUCUUUGGUUAUGAGUAGGGAAUUCGGUUCCUGGAAGAGUUGGUGAAGUAGUAAAGGAAAAAGUACACAGCAUUCUUUAAAAAAAUCCAGGAUA